UGGGAGAUGGGUGCUAGCUGUGGUCCUUCGGUGAAUGCAAACAAAAAAGACGGACACAGGAGUUACUCUCCAGGUCAGGUUAUCAUCACUGAUAAUUGUCAGCCAGAGCUUCAGAAGAAGCGAGCUUGUGAAGGCCGGGAUCAGCGACAGUGAGGCCCCUGCACCUGCCUUCUAGGAGGCAGAAGUGAAGUGGCUGAGGAUCGGAAGGAUGGUGCAGUCCUGUUCUGCCUACGGCUGCAAGAACAGAUAUGAUAAGGAUAAGCCGGUUUCUUUUCAUAAAUUUCCUCUUACUCGACCCAGUCUUUGUAAAAAAUGGGAGGAAGCUGUCAGAAGAAAAAACUUUAAACCCACCAAGUACAGCAGUAUCUGUUCAGAGCAUUUUACUCCAGACUGCUUUAAGAGGGAAUGCAAUAACAAGUUACUGAAAGACAACGCUGUACCUACAAUAUUUCUUUGUACUGAGCCUCAUGACAAGAAGGAAGAUCUUUUGGAGCCACAAGAACAGCUUCCCCCACCUCCCUUAACACCUCCCAUUUCGCAAGUUGAUCCUGCUAUGGGCUUACUAAUGCCUCCUCUUCAGACCCCUGACAAUCUCUCCGUUUUCUGUGACCACAACUAUACUGUGGAAGAUACAAUGCACCAAAGGAAAAGGAUUCUUCAGCUAGAGCAACAGGUUGAAAAGCUCAGGAAGAAGCUCAAGACUGCCCAGCAGCGAUGCAGAAGGCAAGAAAGACAGCUUGAGAAGUUAAAGGAAGUUGCACACUUUAAGAAAGAGAAAGAUGACAUUUCAGAAAGAGGUUAUGUGAUUCUGCCACACGACUAUUUUGAAAUUGUUGAAGUGCCAGCAUAAAAGGAUGAAUGUAUAUUAAUCUUUAAUGGGGCAAGACCUCUUUAGUCUAAACAGGAUUUUCAUCUGAAAACACAAGUUGAUUACUUGGAUAAAACAAUUCAUACUAUUUUUUUAAAAUAAAUUAGAUAUAUACUAAAGUUUUUGGUUGUAAUUUCAGAGUUUUUACAUUUUAACAAAAUAUUUAAAAAGUUAUACUAAAAACAUUGCCAAUGUAAGGUGGUUUCAAGAUUGGAAAUUUUUCUCUUGAGUAUUUAUAGAAAUAAUGUACAAAGAGUAGAAUGAUAACAGUGCAGUAAAGAUGAUUUAAGUUUAGAAUUUAAUGAGUAUUCUUUAUUGGCAGGACUUGGUUAUGUUUUAAAUCAUGAAUAUCGGAAGUAUGUAACUGCGUUCACUUAUUUGUGGUCAGAAGGUUGGUUUAUUUUUUCUGACUCACUUGUCAAGGAUAAAUUGGCAAGUAUUUGAAAAGUAUUUGGCUGUUAGCAGAAAAGUCAUUUCAUCUCUAAAUAAAUUCAUAAAGGACAGAUUUUUUAAAUGUAGACCCUUCUUUUCUAUCCCAGUAUUAUAAAAUUACAAGUGUAUCCUCAAUAGAAAAACAUACUUGAACAAAAAAAAAUAUGGCACUGUUGUCAGUGAAAUAAAAAUUUAAACC